CUAUUAAGGCGGCCAUUGCCUGACCCCCCCAGGGGCUCCACAUCUGCUUCAGUGGACCUCUCUGAUGGUUUUUUUUCCCACACUGUCAUUUUUUUCGUAGGAUUGGGAUCUCUGCCCCCUCCAAGCAUUUUCACGAAGUAGCUAGAGAGCCAUUGAGAAUAUUAUUCAGGGAGGGACGAAGCAAAGACUAUUACAGCCAAUGACGGAGGAGACAAUGAGACAUCAGGGGAGGGAGGGGAGGAAGAGUCAGAAGUGCUUCCAGUACAGACAGCUUCAAUCGGCAACUGUAAGAGGACUCCGGCAUUGAUUCAACUCUCUACAAAAAAGUCUAUUUCACCGGCAGCCUCCAUCGGAACAGAUAAGGACGCUUCUAUUCUCCGCGUAAAAAGAAGAGGCCACCACUCACCACAAGGUAUUGAUCGGGAAGACGAUGACGUUGUGUGCCCAAGUCGUUGUCCUUGUCUGAGAAGUUCAUGUUCUCCGAGAGAGAGAAAAGGAGGAAGAUGUUGGCAGCUUUAUAAAUUCUUCAUCUGAUCACCCGUCCUGCUUGGUCCCAGGUACCAUCUACCCAAUUUAUUUCUACCAUCUUGCCAAUAUCAUUCCGGAACAUUAGAGUCGUGUUUUAGCAAUGAUUAGCAGACCGAUGGUCCACAUCUGCUCACCGAGACGGAAUUAGAAUCUGUUGAGCGGAGGGAGGCGAGGAGAUUGAUUAGACACCAUGAGAACUGGCCACCGCUGGGGGGAAUGGAUACGAUGCUUGGUGGUCUUCCUGGCGAUGGACACUUUAUCAUCAUCGUUCGCUUCCGGAUGCCCGUCCAAAUGCAUCUGUGCCUCCGACCUCCUAAGCUGUACGAAAAUUAGCCUGACAAACGUACCGGAAAACCUGCCAGCCACAUUUGCCAGUAUGGACCUGAGCCACAACUCCAUCGCCUCUCUUCGGGACGACUGGCUGGCCAACCUCCCUCAUCUGCACAUGCUGAGGCUUAGCCACAAUCGGUUAAAAUCUCUGUCCGCCGGCGCCUUUCGCAACGCCACCGAGCUGAGGCACCUUGACCUGUCUUCGAAUCGUCUUCAGACCGUCCUGGUGGAAAUUUUCCAGGCGCUCUUCAGACUGGAGGAACUUCUUCUAUACAACAACUUUAUCACCUACGUUGACGAGACGGCCUUCACCCGCCUGGGCAACAUCCGGAAAAUCUACUUGAGCUGGAAUAACCUGACCAGCUUUGCAUUCAGUUCCAUGCAGAAUCUGACGAACCCCCAUCUCCGUACCCUAGAUCUGUCCGCCAACAAGUUCUCUGAGUUGCCGGUGGAGGAGGUUUCCUCGCUUCCCGCCUUCAUCAAGAAUGGGCUGUACUUGCACAAUAACCCGCUCACUUGUAACUGUGCCCUGUUCAUGCUGCUCAGCCACUGGGAGCACCGGGGCUUCUCUUCUGUACUGGAAUUCUCCCGGGAACACACCUGUCUUUAUAUGGGAAAGCGGCGAGCGGUCGUUCGGAUCCUGCAAUCUCAGAGCGGGUUUGAUAAUUGCUCCUUUGGACUAGGGCAACACAUUCCUGACCUGGGGCUCAAAGUUCUUGUCGGGAAACGACUCAUGGUGACUUGUAACACCAGUUUGCCGCAGGAAAACACGACCUUCUUAUGGAUUUCGCCAGCCUACGACUUCAUCUUUCCGCCGGGGAACAGUAACCAAAGCUUCAAGAUACAUCCCAACGGCACUUUAGAAAUUCACAGGGCUCAGCCGUGGAAUUCAGGAGUCUACCUGUGUAUUGCGGUUAACAGGCGGCUUAGUUAUAACGCUACCCACGAGGUUAACGUCACUGUGCAUUUUCCCAAGCCCGAAGAGUCGUUCAACACCGGUCUCACCACCCUGUUGGGUUGCGUGGUCAGCCUGGUCUUGGUUUUCAUUUACCUCUACAUGACUCCUUGCCGUUGCUUCCGUUGCUGCUCAAAGCCACCGCAGACGCCGAGUCCUCCGCAGGAGGGCAGCGCUCAGUCCUCCAUCCUUUGCGGGACCCCUCCAGCCACCGACGGGUCCAACAGCCGCAAAGCCGGAGCCAGCCGGCACGUGGUCUUCCUGGAACCGAUAAAAGAAGGGCGCGUGGAGAAGCACCCAAAGAUUCUACAGCUGAGGAGGGAUUCUGAAAGUUCGGUCUUUUCAGAUUAUCCAAUUGUUCAGACGUAAAAAAAACAAUUGCAUGGUGGGUUAUCCUUUUCCCGGAAGAGCUGGUCUCGCACUUUGCCAGUGGCAUUUAAAAGGAAGUAUUGCAUGUCAGGUGUGCCAGCAUUUAGGCCUGGCAUCUACAGUGGUGGUGUAAUUUGCCUGGGGGUGAGGGCAUGGAAAGCCUCAAACUAAUAUUUGCUUGUACACCAGGUCCUUAUAGCGUAUUUUUCAGAUUCCCCCCAAUCUUCCCAAAGCUUUGUUUGAAAAAUGUGUGACUCUCCAAUAAUUGGAAUACAAAAAAAAAAGAGGGGGGAACCCAAAAGGUGACUUUAAUGGCACAGUAAACAAUAAAAGUAUGAAAAUGGAUGUAAACCCGAAAAUUAUUAUUUUUUAUGUCACAGUGUACAGUAUAAG